AUGCUGCAACGAAACCUAUGGGCACGGUACUACUGGUCUCGGUAUCGCUUCCCGACACAGAUGCCUAAAUUUGAUGGACCUCCGCCUAUGGAUGCGCCUCAAAACAUGAACAAUACAAAGACCAACGAGUUCAUAGACCCCAUCGAUGAUAAGUUUCCCGUGAGCAUACGCGGUAAUUUGAUGCGCCCUGAUGUGCCUGAGGAACAGUAUGUCGAUAGUUGGUAUGUGUGCACUUCCAUGACGCAUCAUUUAGGAGAUUUCCGCCCUUGGAGUGCUAGUGCACCCGCAAAUGCCUAUCGUUUCCGUCCAUUUAAUGAGUUCGAUUCUAAAGGGAGAGAAUACGUCAAGAAACUACGGGAAUUUUCUCACUACGACCCCAAGAAAUCCAGAGGAAAGGGGCAGAGGUAUUUCCCAUUCCGUGAUGCCUACUUGACCUUGAUGGCCAGCGGCAGCAAUCCCACAUUGCCCCCGAGUCUGGAAACCAUCAUGGACCGUGCAAUCAUUGAGAAGCAUCAACACGGAAAAGUCUUGACUCCCUUGAUGCAGCAAUGGGAUGUAGGACGGUUGAGGGAGCCACCAUCUUGCGCAGGAAAAAUACCGGUCGACAAUUCCGUGUUUCCCUUUCGUUGGAACACCGAGGACUGGUACGAGUAUGAAGUUGCAAAGGUACGAAAUAAACGUUUUAUUUUUGAAAAUAGUGAUGAGAAUGGCAUCGAGGGAUCCGAGGUAACGUACCGAAUCGUUUUGGAGGGUUUCUGGGACCAUCACGUAGCAAAGCUGUCGGAGGAUGUUUGCGCAUUUUUGAGGGAUGUUGGCCGGCAAAUUGUCGAAGAGAAACUCAAAGUGGUUCGAAAAAUACUUGAAAGUACUGAAAGUGGCGGUGUUGAUUCUGAGAUCAUAGAGUGCUUCAAUCUUUCUCUCAAAGGUCCUUUCGGGGGCAGAGAUUAUUAUGAGAAAGAAGAGGUCGCUAACUUUGUUCGAGCUGACUUGCAACGACUCGAGGAGCAGUGUGUCGGAGUUAUAAACCGUUGUAAUGCCCCUAUAGCUGGGUUUUCCAAUCUGUACGAUUCUCAGGUCUCCUGGCCUUACGUGGAACACCUGGAGCCCUGGGUGCGUAUGGCGGAAUUCUGGACUUCCUCGUCAGACACUUCUUUCACGGAAAUGGAAAUGUCGACAGCUCAUUACGAGUUCCGAAAGUACUUUCGUGUGAUUGUGGUGAAAAUGCCUUUCCAGAGCUCCGAGUUUGAGCAGCGCAUCUAUGGUAUUCGACACUGGCUUCAUCGGCAGACUUCGUGUGAAUUUCACACAACAUACCGUCGCAAUGUUGUACACGACGCUUCCGUGUUCCCCACGGAGCACGACCCUUGCGUUCCGACUACUCACGAGUACCAUCGUAUGUUCUCUUUUGCUCUAGACUGGCAGAGAGCUCCGGUAGGUUUUCUAUCGGUCGAGGCGGUUCAAAAAGGGGACACGUGGGAAUCUGUAGCUGAGCGUAUCGGAUGCAGUGCAGAAGAGCUUCGAGAGUCCAACAAUGGCCUCGAGGACCUUGUUGAGGGUAUUUCCCUCACUAUUCCAGGCGGCGCAAGCAGGCGACUACCUAGUUUUGGUGCUGUUCCUCAAGUGUUGCCCCUCACGAGGGAGGAUGGCAACGCCCGUAUUCGGACAUGGGAGGAAGCGGCAGCGCUGCUCGAUUGCGGUGUGGAGGACCUCCAGCAAGCUAACGGGCAUGCGGCACUCACGUAUCGGGUGGACGGCGAUAAGCCCGGUUUUGAUGAAUCAAUUCAGGAAUUAAACGUUCCUUAUACCACGUGGGCUUCCUCACGAGAGCAGGAGUUCUCUACGGCUGAAAAAGUUUUCCAAAAUGACUCAUGGGAGUCCGUGGCGCAACGACUUCAGUGCACGGUUUCUGACCUGCGGACAGCGAAUGCAAACGUCGGUGAUUUAUCAAUGGUAGAGAAGGUUGUCGUGCCACCGAGCGCGCGAGCCCCGCGUCGAAUGGUAAACCCGCAGUUACGCACACAGGCCGCGACAGACGCCCUCCUUGCCAAGGUCACUGGUGAACAAGGUAAGUUUAAUUUAGAAUCAUUGCCACACCUUCCAGAAAACGCCUCCAAUUUCCCACAUGAGUAUCACACGGCCACGUCGCGAUUCCCUGCCACACCUCUCGAAUCUGCCGGCACCGAGGAUUGGUUGGCCUACACGGCCAAGUACCUUGAUAAGGACCUCACCCUGCGUCAAGAGCCAACACCAGUCUACAACGUUAACAAGCUGUGGCCGAUGCAGCAAGUUCCCGGAAAACUGGACCAGACCCCAUUCGAGGAGGACCAGACAUGGUUUAUGCACCCUAUUCCUGUGCAGCAGAUGGAGCAGCAUCAUCCCGAGAAGGACUUGCAGGAUUUGCCAUUUGUCAAUCAUGAGCAGUUCCCACGCUCGAUUCAGUGGACAGCACCAUAA